AUGGAGCCAGGCAGAGUGGACACUGGGCCUUUGGGUGGAGGAGAGGGCAGAGCCCCUUCAUGCAGCUCAGAGGAGACACUCGAGCACUGUCAUUUAGAGGUCGAUUUGGUGGUAGCACCAUUGGUUCCCCUGGCAGAGCGAGUGAUGGAAGAGACUGUGGGCCAGGAGCGGAGAAAAGUGGAAGGAAAGAGUUUACAGAGUCAGAGAUGGACACAGCCAAAUGUGAGACAGCAAACGCAUCAAGAGCCAAAGUGGGUAAAGUCUGGACAGACCAUUGCAUCAAGGGUAUGUAAGACUCAGAACUCCCCAGAGAUUGCAGCGAGAGAAAGGAGUCGUGUUCGUAACCUUCGACAAGCCUUCCACAGUCUGCAGGCUGCUUUACCCUCCGUCCCUCCUGACACAAAACUCUCCAAGCUAGAUGUGCUGAUCCUGGCCACCAACUAUAUCGCCCACCUGACUGAAACACUGGACCAGGGUGGAGUGCUAGGUGACCACACCUUCCAGCAGAGAGCAGAGGGAUACCUACACCCUGUCAAGAAAUGGCCCAUGCGCUCUCUUCUUUACUGUGGGAACAUCGGAGAGCGAUUGACAGGAGCUCAGACCAAUCAGGAGGCAUCUUGCCCACCAACCUGUGCCUCUAAGGUGAAAGCAGAUUAA